AGCUCUUUUGUCCAUUGGAUGAGGAGGAGCUAAAUUUCUGUGGCUAUUGUGUACACUUCCAGUGGAGCUUCAGUUGCCAUUUGAGGACAUGGAGGCUGCCGCAUUGCGACCUACAAAAUUCCCGGCGACAUGUUCCGCCUCAACCUCAAUGUCGUCUCUUCAGCUGCCGUCUGCAGCAUCCGUCGGAUUCCUCGUUCCAAAAUCUUUCAGAAUGACUUCCUCCUUUAAGACGCCCAUGGUUGCCCGAGCUUCCGACCCCAAAACUGACCAACCAAAUCCCAGCACCGAUGAAUCUGGCCUUCCUUUCCUACCACAGGAGGAUUUGAACUUCUUAUUAAAACUGGGAGUGGGUUCAGUCGCCGGAGGAGCUGCAAUAAAGUACGGAAGUGUUAUUUUCCCAGAGAUAACAAGACCAAAUAUUACAUUGGCUCUCUUUAUGAUAUCAGCUCCGGUGGUUGUUGCCGCUGUGCUCUUAUUUUUGCAAAGUCGUGCAGAUUCAAAUGAGUAACCAUUACGGUCAUUUCUGAGUGACCAAUCUCUGUAGCAAUCUCUUGGAAUAGAAAGUCUAGGGAAUGGGCGUUAGGAGCCCUAGAAUUUGAACCUAAUUGUUUUAUCCUAUUCAAAAUCGUCAUAAAUAAAAGUCAAUGAGAUGAGUACUA